GAGUGGGUUGUCAUGCCAUUUGGCCUCACCAAUGCCCCCGCGACUUUUCAAGCAGCUAUGACGACUGAGUUUCGCGACUUGCUCGAUCGCAGCGUCCUCAUCUACCUCGAUGACAUCUUGGUCUAUAGCAGGCCGUUGGACGAGCACAUCAUACACCUUCGCGCUGUUUUGAAUCGUUUGCGACUGGCCAAGUACAAAGCAAACCGCGACAAGUGCGAGUUCGCCAAGCAAGAGCUUGAGUAUUUGGGCCACUAUGUUACGCCGAAAGGCAUUGGUCCCUCAGCGGACAAGAUCCAAGCCAUCGUGGAUUGGCCGGAACCCCGUUGCACGACGGAUGUGUUGGAACAGUGUCACGAGGACAGUCGGCAUCCGGUAGAGUAUUUCUCCCAAAAGGUGCCUCUCGUCAACACUCUCGACGACGCUAGGAAGAAAGAGCUACUCGCAUUCGUCACCGUUCUCAAACGGUGGCGCCACUUUCUUCUCGGUCGUCGGCGUUUUAUAUGGAAUACGGACAACAAUCCGUUGACCUUUUACAAAACGCAGGAUACGGUCACUAGCACGAUCGGUCGAUGGAUGUAUUACAUCGACCAGUUCGAUUUUGACCCGUGCCACAUUCCCGGUCCCGCCAAUCGAGUUGCGGACACCCUCUCACGACGGCCCGAUUUGUGUGCCAUUGUGACCACGGCAUUCGACCUCGAGGACGAUCUGCAGCCGCAUUUCGUCAAAGGCUACAAGUCCGAUCCGACUUACUCUACGCUUUACGCGGAGCUUUCAUCGGAUAACCCGCCGGCUAGCCACUAUCGGAUUUCCGACGAGUUCCUUCUCCUUCACACGAGAGGAAAGGACUUGUUAGUUGUGCCCCAAGAUCGCAUCUUACGGACUCGUCUUCUCGGCGAAUUCCACGACGCACGACUUUCGGCACACCUUGGCGUGAACCGUACAUUAGAACGUCUCCACCAGCGUUUUCACUGGCCCGACGUCCUUCAUGACGUCACGAGGUACAUUGAGUCAUGUGCAGUUUGCCACCGUAAAAAGGGUCGAUCUCGAGUCCCCUUCCGCGAACUGAAACCAUUGUCGAUUCCUCGGGCACCGCGCCUCUCCAUUGCUAUGGACGUGACAGGCCCGUUCCCCCGCGAUCGCCAUGGCCAUGACGCUAUUUUCACGGUUGUUGACCGUUUGAGCAAUGACUGGUCAUCGCAAUCGCCAUCAGGUCAUCUGGUGAGAAUAUUUGUGGUUGGGGGCAGCUAUAUUGAGCUUAUGAGCUAUAGGGAGGAACAGCAACCAGACGGCCGGAUCCUGCGAUCAGCAAGACGCCCAAUUGCCCACUUGGCAUUAGGACCAGAGGGCGACAGAUACCUAUUCCACCAGCGUAGGGAGAGGCUGCAGCAGCAGCAGAGAGCUAGGGACGCAGAAGCCAGUAGAGCUUUAGCAAGUAAAGCCGCUGCUUUAGUAGCCAUGGCUAGCGCUGCUCAGCAAACCUCUCAGGCUGGGAGUUCAGGAACGGUCGGGUCAACUGCGGCGCAGACCCAGAGUCGGUCGGCUGGCGUUAUGGCAAGCCAGUCAAAUGUGUUGUCACCCGAGGAGAUCGCCAUACAGCAGGCUGCCCUGCAAGAGGCACAGCUACAAAAGGCUUUAGGGGAAAUAAAGGCGGAGAAAGAGGGAAUGAUUAGAAGAGUAGCCAGGAUGCAGCGAAGAGAAGCGGACGUUAGGCAGUUAGAGGAAAUGAAUCUGACCAACAUGGAUACGGAUGUGAGGACAGUACGGACGGCCCUGCUAGGAGUCAUAGAGGCGCAGGACCAUCAGACUGCCAUCCUCCAAGACAUUCAUCUGAGUCUAGCCUGGUUGGUUGGACAAUCGCAGGCGGCUCCAUUACCAUCAGGGCCUGGUGCCUGGCCCGUGGCACAUCUUCCUCCUCCUGUCCCACCAGUUAGUGGGGUAUCCCCAUAUGUAGCCCCAUCACCAAUCGCUAUCGUUUCCCUGGGCAUGCCGCUAUUGGGAGGGUUAUCAGCAGGACCUAGUGUCCAAAUUCCUGUACAGACAGUGUUAUCCCAACCUCCGUCGCAGGUUGCCAUCAGUGAGCAAUCUGUUGUUCCGCAACCUGUUCAGCCGCAGGGGUCACAGCCCCAGGAGCAACAGGUGCAACAACCUUUUCCCCAGAGUCCACAGCCAAGUGUGGGACAGAUUGCAGGGACAAACACAGUGAGUUCCGAAGACGGCAAUCGCUGCUCCUAAACCCUUUUCAGGGGAUAAGAGGGGUGAAAACCUCGACACAUGGUUGAGGGCGGUGCCGGUAUAUGUUAAGUGUAA